AUGGGUCUCUUCACUUACUGCUUAGCAGGAGGCGGGCUCAUGCUAAUCGGCGCUUGGGAGGCCCUUAUCUCUUCCUACGCGCACCUAAAUCCCUCCUCUCCUCUCUCCCAACCGCACACUCCAUCAACAACUGCAGGAACAACAACAACAACCCGGGUUAGAAAGAAUCCAUCCUCCUCUUCUGUUAGUUUUAUCGCUGUAUCUGUUUUCUCGUUCUUCUUCAUCUUCAACUCUCUAGUAUCUUUAAUCGAUGCCCUUCACGCCAACGAUGGGGUCGGCUUCGCUCUCCAAUUAGAGAUUAUAGCACUGGUUUCUCUCUUUCUUCUCUACUCCGCCGUCGGUCUCUUGGUCGAUUUUACUGGUUCCAUUCCUUUACCCUCUUCAAUCCUCAAUUUCAUUGCUCUCAUCGGCUUCGGGCAAGAAUUUCUCCUCUUUUACCUUCAGAGGAAAGACCCAUCUGGGAUUGAGAAUCGUUACUUCGAUCUUUUGCUUCUCCCGAUAGCCAUUUGUAUUUUCUCCACCGUUCUUGAAUUUGUUUCCUCCAAAUCCAAUUUCCCAAGAUUGGCUCGUGGAGUUGGUUUGAUUCUUCAGGGGACAUGGUUUGUUCAAAUGGGUUUCUCCUUCUAUACCAGUUUGAUUGCUCACGGCUGUUCUCUACAUGAAAAGAGCAGAGGGAAUUAUACAAUGAAGUGCAAAGGGCAUCCCGAGUAUCACAGGGGUAGAGCGAUAGCAACGCUUCAGUUCAACUGCCAUCUUGCUUUUCUUGUGGUUUUGAUCGUAGGGGUUUACUCAGUUAUCGGCCACAAGUACGGAAUCUCGCGCGGUGAUUUCACGAAUUACAAGCUGCUCAGUGCAGAAUUGCAGAAGUUGGAUUCACAUUCGCGGUUUACUUUAGAUUCUGAUGAUGAUGAUGUUGAUGAAAUUAAAGAGGAGAAUGUUGGACACCAGAAAUCUGCUGUUAGUGUUUCUAAACAAGGUGUCAAUGGUUUCGCUGCUCAUUAA